CACGUGGUCAGCGGACUUUGAGCGUGGAAAUCAAUCAAUAACUGCAUUCAUUCGAGCAGCUUUGAGGGUUUACAGUAUCUGUGUCGAACACGGACACUUGGUAUCGCAAGACGCUCGAUGGACUUCCACAAACUUAACUCUUUUGAAACCUUUAAGGAGGUGUGGAGUUGUUAUGGCUACGGAGAAAACCUGGAGGACAUGCUUGAGAGGGAGUUCACGCGGAUGAAAGGCACUAUAUAUUUGGAUCAUGCAGCAAAUACUUUGUACCCAGAAUCACUGGUCAGGAGCUACAGCCUUGAUAUUUCAAGGAACGUGUAUGGAAACCCUCACAGCCACAACGCCAGCAGCAGAUUGACACAUGAGACCAUGGAGAGGGUCAGAUACAGGUGAGCUCCAACCAUGCCCUGAGACACAUUCUAAAUGGUCCCAUGAGCCCUCUUUGAAACUACCGUGCAUG